AUGGCUCCAAGAAAAACACCGCGAAAAGAGAGGGGACCUGGAGACUACACAGCGCUUGGCCGUAGGGGAAGGCGAACUGGUGUCGAGCUCAAGGAUACCGGUGUUAGAGAUGAGAACGGCAUGGAGCCCAUACCUUCUUUCUCCUCACCAGCCAAGUCGGUGUUCCAUCCAAAUGGCAUAUCCCACGACGUUACCGAUUCUGCAGAUGAUAGUAUGGACAUUGUUGAAAGUACGAUACCGGAGCCUUCCGAACUGGUCAGGAGCACUCGAAACGGCAGGAUCAGCCUCCCGCCACGUGCGACUUCCCCCAUCAAAACUCAUCUCAACUCAUCACCUAGAAGAUCCAUGCCUCGAUCUGUGGGACCAAUGUCUUCACCCUCACGAAACCUAAAUAAUGGAACUCCUACCAGAGCAACGUCACAUCCGCCUCCGAACAGGGUCAACAGGCAGUUGGAUUUUUCGAUGGAUAAGCCGCGAAUGAGUAUAGAGAGGUCGCCGGCUAAGGCUUCAGUGCCUAAGCUAAAACAGCCCAACUUAGCCUCUGCUACUGGCAAGAGCAAGAACAAACGGCCCUUUGAUCUAAGUAUGGGGGAUGACUUCGAUGAUGGAGACUCGGAUGCAUUGAAUGGCGAAAGCACUACCAACGGCAUAAUAUACGAUGAAGACGAUGCUAUUCUGCCGAAUGGGGAUGAUCACGCUACCGGAGAGUCCACACUAGAACCGGGAAUGCCAAGGGAAGACUACACCGAGCAACAACCGCAAGGCUCCGAGCCCGAAGAGAGCCAAAUGGCAGAACCAGAAGCCACUGCAGGAGCCAAGGAAGCCAAGGAACCGAAAAGGAAGCCAGGGCGUGCACCCAAAGCCAUGAUGGUCGACCCAAAUGGGUCUCAGAUGUCUCUUUUAAUGCCAGCGCCUGCGACACCUCGCCGUGGAAGACCAAAGAAGGCGAGGACUGACAUAUUCCGAGACGAAGAAGUAGAACAACCUGCUGCCCCUCUUCCUGCCCCUGCCCAAACCAGCAAAGGGAAAGGAAAGAAGCCGACCGAGCGCGACCCCAACGUGCAGAUGAAGGCAACCAAGAAAGCGAGCGACAAGCCAUCAUCUGUGCGUGCUAGGUCAGCGUCCAGGUCAAGAUUCAACCCACGUAGCGAAACCCCAGCGAACGACAACGGCGCUCUUCUCACUAGGAGUGGAAGACACUCUAUCAAGCCUUUGGCAAGCUGGCGUGGGGAGCGGUUCGUAUUCGGUGAUAGAACCACUGAUUCCUUACCUGGGAUCAAAGAGAUUGUCCGAGUGGACGAGGUGGUCGAAGAACGGCCAAAGCAAAAAUAUCGAUACAAAAAGAACCAAUCACGAGCGAAAUCCCAUCUCGAAGAGGUUGAAGAAGAGGAUGAAGAAAAGGAUGAUUGGGAACGAGACACAGGUAUUAUGCAUGCAAACGUGAUGGAUUGGGAUCCAAGUACAGGCAAAUUCAAUGAGGAGAAUACCUGGGAGCAAGAGGUCGCAUACUCAUUCGAAGCUAUCGAGAUGCGCGACAUCAGCGGUGCCGAUUUCAAAUUCGCAAAAACCCUUACUCUGGAUUUCUUCGGCUCCGGAAUGGUCGACCUGCCACCUGGAGGAGCCAAACGCGUCAAGAACUCUAGAAAGAUGCAGAUGGUUUUUUUCGUUUUUUACGGCCGGGUUGAAGUUAGUAUGGGUACGCCGUUGAAGACGUUCAGCAUUGGCAAGGGAGGACAGUGGCAAGUCCCUAGAGGAAACUUCUAUUCGAUCACCAACCGCUCCCCCACAAAACCUGCUCGCAUCUUUUUUGCACAGGGCUGUGAGGUUCUCGCCAACACUUUGGAUGAGAGCGCUAUGAGCUAG